AUGCAAGAGCCGUUUCCGUCUCCGCUUCGAACUUGUCCGUUCUCGUGUGGACCACGCGUUGGAGGUCGUUUGACCAAUUGGUCGACACCAUCUGAGAAUCUGCGCAAGGGACUCCAGACACCAGUUCCGGGGAGGCAUCUCAGUUUUAUCACGAUUGGGCGGUGCUACCUACGCUCAAGUCGCGUUGCUGUCGUGAGGACGUGGGUCAAUUGUUCCUGCACGGCACUGUACGAAGUCCCGCAUAAUGCUGACAAUGAAGGUGCCCUUCACUUCAAAUUCGUGAUUUGCUGUGGACUCUGGUCCCUCGAAUCGACCUUGAAUCGGCUAACGAUAGCACUGUCUUACGAACCUCCCGUCUCUGUCUCGACUCGGACCGCAAAGGCAAAGAUUGACUCGAUUGCGAUGUGGGAUCACCCGAUGGCAUGCAGAAACAUGCUUGCUCCUAUUGGGGUCGUUUACGUGACGGUGCUGUACAGUAAACUCCCCCUUCUCGCCCCACUUUCUGCUGGUGGUUCUUCUUCUGAUUUUGAUGAUACGCGUGCACGCAGCUGGCCGGAUGCCUUCGUGGUGCCAAAUCCGGCAUGGGGGCUGGAACUUACGCAACGUAUUCCGACCUACCGCAAGGAACUCGUGAAUGUCCGAGUCACUCACGACCCCUUCCUCCCUGGUGUCCACUGCGAUGAGGCGAUAUUAAAUUGGUCUGUGCCAAGCGAAACAAACUUACGCAGGUGUUGUCAUAUUAGGAGCGGCGUUGACAUAGUUCUUCCUCCGCGCUUCAAGGGGCUGAUGCAACGAGGCGGAGUGCAUCACGAAACGUCGGCAAUUGCCUAUUCAAGUAGUGCAUCAAACUCAGUGACGAAGCCAUUGAGAAGUCAUCAGACCGUCAGUCGCCGAGUCGUCCGUCAUAUGAGUCUUCAACUCGGCGGUCACAAUUCUAGUUCUGGACUUCAUGCGCAGUCCUUAAACCCACUUGGUCAAUCUUCUUCCGAACCUCAGAGGAAUGCCCAAUGA